UGCCAGAAAUAUUCAGCAUGAGAGCGUUAGCAGUGAUCUUUGCCGUAGCUUUGUGUGCCCCUUCAGUUUUCUCUGGAGACGUAGCACAGCAAUGUUCGGACGACCUUUGCAAAAUCGACGAAGAAUGUAGAUGUUCGUCUACUGCAAAUCCGGUUGCGAAAGACCAAGCUCCACAACUCAUUGCCCUAACUUUCUUUGAAGCCGUUACUCAGGACCUGUUCGACACAUACUGGGACCCUCUCUUGUUUAAUAGAAUCAAUCCCGACGGCAAUGUUGUUGGGGCAACAUUUUUUGUGCCCCACGAAUAUACAGACUACGAAAGGGUUAACGAUCUUUAUAACUAUGGUUUCGAAAUUGGAGUACAUUCUAUAACGAAAAACAAUUUGCAAUCGUAUUGGAGAAACGCCCCCCAAGAACUACUCGAACAGGAAUUUGGUGGCCAAAAGAAGAUCAUUUCCAAAUUCGCUAACAUCCCCGAAAAAGACAUCAUCGGAGUGAGGACCCCACAACUGCAGCUCAACGGUAACUACUCAAUCAGCGCUUUCGUGGACGCUGGUUUCAAGUACGACAGCUCUUGGCCCACCCAAAGCAACAGGCCUUUGCUACCGUACACGCUCGACUAUCUGUCGAGUCAAGACUGCGAAUUGGGUGCUACAUGUCCCAACGAACCAUUCAAAGGAUUCUGGAUCCUGCCCAUCGUCGACUUGAAUGGCGCGGAAGAUAAACAGUGCAACAGUUUGGGUGCCUGCGAUGUCAGUGGGACCGUUGACGAAAUAUCAGACUGGUUAUUCAACGAAGUGCAAAAAGUCAGAAACAACAACAGGGCACCUCUGACGAUCGUAAUCGAGUCCAACUGGUUCGAGAAAACGAAGACGUCUUUCGAGGCUUUGCAGAAAACCGUGGACAGGCUGCUCGAUCUGAAAGACGUAUUCUUCAUCAAUCUACAGCAAGUUAUCGAGUGGAUCGAAGAUCCCGUGCCGUUGUCUGAGUUUAAGACGCAUGUGUACGACGACAGAUCAGCCAGCUGUAGGGCGGUCACUUGCAAGCUCGUCAAUGAAGACCAGGAAGACAGAUACAUGAAGUCUUGCGUCACUUGCCCAUCAAAAUAUCCAUGGCUCGGUAACCCCGAUGGCAACUAAGGUUUUGAAACGUUAACAGUUAAUGUCUCAAUAAAUUAUU